CAGCGGCGGAAGCUGCGCCGCUUCUUCGACGAGCUCGACGAGGACGGCAGCGGCCACAUCUCCGUGGAGGAGCUGCUCGGUCCGCUGCUGGCGUUCGGUCUCGCGAGCUCCGAGGGCGACGUGUCGGCCUUCGUCGACGAGGUCGACGAGGACGCGUCGGGCCAGAUCUGCUACCCCGAGUUCGUCCGGGCGCUCCAGGCC